AGGAACCAUCCAUAUAUACAUGCUCCGGUGAGCUUUGCUCGACGACAGUCAUCAUGCAUGGCGCGCGGCGAGUGAAGUGAAUCGGAGCAGUUUGGGUGCCGAUUUACUCAACCUGUUCUUGACGGAACCAAGCCAAGAUCUCGAUCGACCUGGUCCACUCCAGUCCAGACCAGAAAUGGAGGUACAGAUGGCAGCACAAGGCCCUAAAUCGAUGGGACGACGACGCAGCAGCACGCCGUGUGACUCUCAGCACGGCGGCGGUGCCGACACCAAGCCCGUCCCCGGCUACCUCAGGCCGUCGGCCGGCUCCUGCCACCACGUCUGCAAGUACGGCGGCACGCACACCUUCGAGGACCACAACAGGCCCCAGCCUAGGCCGCCUCGGAAGCAGCAGCAGCCGGCGGCGGAGAGCCACAGCCACAACAGGGUGCUCGUCAAGGUGCGGUCGGUGUUCCGGAGGCCUUCCAAGGCGGCCGCCGACAAGUCCAGUGGGGUCGAGAGCGUGGAGUGGAAGGACAUUGUGGCCUAUGAUACGGUUCCACUUCCACCCCAUGGAUCGUCCUCCCCGAAGCAUGAUGGAACCUCAGCUCAGUUCACCGGCGGCUCCAAGAAGAAGGAUGUAAUGAAGGGGAAGAGGUCGCAUGGCAAGGCCAAGACCCAUGAACAAGUGGAAGGGCAGAAACCUAGGGCGGCUGCUUUGCUCGUGGAAAACAUGGGUACCAAUUAUCAGGAAAUGCUUCAAGGGUACCAAAUUCUGCCCCCUUCUCUGCUGCAGAGUCGCGCAAGCCUUUUGCGCGACCUCGAGAAGGAGAUGAUGGUUCACCACGACGCUGCCGAUGCCGGGGAAGGAAGAGCAACGCCAACGUACUCUCCGGACCCAGAACAGUGCGCUGCUGCCGCUGAAUCAAGCAGGCCCAUCCCUGCGCACCGGAGGGUGCAGAGCAUGAGCAUCAGCAGCAGGUCCGCGCGGCACCCGUUCGCGCGACAAGCGAGCAGGAACUCGGGCGCCUUCAAGCUGCGGUCCAGGAGCACCAGAGCGCCCGCAGUGCUUCCACCGCCCGACGAGGAGAAGCCCGCGAGGCUGAGGUCCAGGAGGGGCGGCGAGAAUCCUUCGGUGACCACCGAAAGAGGCAUCCAUCUCAGGAUCCGAAGCCUCCGGAAGCGAGGCGUCGGUGCUUCCGCCGCCGGCACUGCUGGUUUCGUCGUGCCGGCGGUGGCGCUCAGGCACCAGAAGACGCUGGAGAAGAACAAGAGCCAGAGGCUGUACAACAACCUCAUCGAGGAGACGGCGACCAGGCUCGUCAAGACGAGGAAGAGCAGGGUGAAGGCCCUGGUCGGGGCCUUCGAGACCGUCAUCUCCAAGAUCGCAAAGUAGGAAUCAGCAAGCGUAUUUUGGUUGCUCUCUCAGUGAGUGAGUGCUUCCUGUCAAAACUGUUUGCACCGUUUAUCUAUCAAAAUGGCCCAUCCUAUUUC